AUGGAGAUAGACUAUGCCAUAAGGAAAUAUGAACCACAUAAGAUCAUUGAUACCAGCAUACUUGAUGAAAUUCUAUUGUACGAACGUUGGGAGAAAUCUAAUCGCCUUAGCGUGAUGUAUAUUAAGACAAAAAAUAGUGUUGGUAUACAUGGCUCAAUCGAGCAGCAUGAGAAUGUCCGCGAAUUGCUAAAGGCUAUUGACAAGCAAUUCAUCGCUUCAGAUAAAGCCUUGGCAAGAACCCUAAUUAAGAAGUUCACAUCCCUGAAGCUCACCGUUGGAAGUCUAAUGUAUGCUCAGGUCUGCACAAGGCCUGACAUUGCAUUUGCUGUUAGAAUGUUAGGACGAUAUCAGAGUAACCCAGGUUUGGACCAUUGGAGAGCUGCAAAGAAAGUGAUGAGAUAUCGAACCAAAGAUUAUAAGUUUAUGUACAGACGAACAAGCAAUUUAGAGGUUGUUGGCUACUCAAAUUCAAACUUUGCUGGUUGUGUUGAUUCGCGUAAAGUAACAUCUGGAUGCAUUUCUAUAUUGGCGGGUGGAGCUAUAUCUUGGAGGAGCAUUAAGCAGACUUUGACUACUACUUCUACUAUGAAAGUUGAGUUCAUAUCUUGUUUUGAGGCUACUUUGCAUGGUGUAUAG